UGGUAUUCUCAGCGGUAAUACAUGGAUUGACGGACUUACAAAAGGAUUACCCAAACAUAAGUGAUAGUGAAUAAAAUCUGUCAUAAAACAUAUUUGUAAAUUUUGGGGAUGAAUUUUGGUUAGUGGAUUUUCAAGGUCCAACUCUCGAAAAAAAUCACAAUGCAGCUUAGAUUCUCCCAAGUAACUGCUUUGUGCAUUAUAUUAGAAGUAGUCGGAACCUCAUUUAGCCAUAAUGACGAAGGUUUAGAAUUACUGUUCAGUCAAAGAACGCCAUCCGAUUGGGAGACGGUUUGGCAUCAGGAAAGUCACUCCCGAUGUCGCGAAAAAUUGACAAGACAUCUCGAAUGGGCGUGUAAGAAGGACAUAUACAAGCUAACCCGAAGGAAUGGUUUGGAUCCAGAUGACAUCAAAAAAAGAUCCCAGUUUAGCAAAAUAGUACCUUAUCCGUGGUUAGAAAAGUUUACAGCCAAAAAACUAUUACGCACCCGCAGAAGCCGUGCAAGGUCUUCUAGAGUUUCUAUAACGAAUGAAUGUUGCACUCGUGUUGGAUGCACAUGGGAGGAAUAUGCUGAAUAUUGUCCAUCGAAUAAACGACGAAAUCAUUAUGAUAUCUAAAGUGGAUUGUGCUCAUCUCGCAGAAUGUAAAAUACAAUGGAAUUAUCAUAGCUAA